CCCAUGCCGACCACACACCUUCCCCUCCACCCCCCGAACGGACCCCGAACUCUACCUUGUUCUCGGAAAUACCGUGGAAGCAAACAGAACAAAGACCAAAUCACCGUAGACGUAAAGGGAUGUGAACAGAACCAUAAAGAAAUACAAGAGUGAAAAAUUAAACUACACAGACCCAGAUAUAAGAGUUUGAGGCCUUGUGGAUAUCUAACGUUCGCAUGGAAACCUGAAAAUCUACUAAUAACUAAAAACUCAACAGUGACUUUACGUGCGUACUUUAUUAUACAUCAAAGUGAACUCACGGCUCAUUCAACCCUAUUAAAGCGUGAAAAGGAACCUACGCAAUGCCAAUACACAGCUAAGAGGCUGAUGAAAAACGCAACUUCCCUAUAUAAAUUAUUCAGGAGCGUGGACUUCAGGCUUACCCAACCUUACUAGAGCAUAAAGGAAAGGGUCUCUAUCUCACUAGCCUCUUUCUACCUCCCAUCCCCUGCUUCCUACUUCUUUUACUUUCUUUUAUCCUUCCUUUCUUCCCCUUUCAUCCGUCCUUUAUAUCCUUCCUUUCUGCCCCUUUCCUCCGUCCUUACUUCCAACUCAACCUUACUAGAGCAUAAAAGAAAGGGUCUCCUAUCUCCCUGCCCUCCUUCUACCUCCCACUGCCUGGUUUCCUACUUCCUACUUUCUUUCUUUCAUUCGUCCUUUCCUUCUUUUUUCCCCCUUCUCUCAGGCCUCAUCUCCAACUCAACCUUACUAGAGCAUAAGGAAAAGGCUACCCUGUUUCCCCUAUCUCCCUGCCCUCCUACCUCCCAUUGCCUGGUUUCCCACUUCCUACUUUCAUUCUUUCUUUCAUUCGUCCUUCCCUUCUUUCCCCUUCUCUCAGUCCUCAUCACCAACGCAACCUUACUAGAGCAUAAAGAAAAGGUUAUUUUGUUUCCCUUACCAUCCUUCUACUUCCAUUCGCUGCUUUCCUACUUCCAAUUUUCUUUACUUUCUUUCAUUCAUCCUUCUCUUCCUGUAUUCCUCCCUCCUUCCCUCACCUCCGUCCUUACCUCCAUCAUAACCUUAUUAUAGCAUAAAGAAAGGUUCCCUUAUCUUCCUACCCUCCUUCUACCUCUUAUCGUCUCCUUUCCCACUUCCUACUUUCUUUCUUCCAUUCAUCCUACCCUUCCUCUUCCUUCUGUACCACCCCCUCCCUCCAUCCUCACCUCUCCCCCUAACCUUCCUAUACAACAUUAAUUCCUUGGCCCGUGGAGUCAGAAAGUCGGUAAUAUUAAAGGUGCCGAGAGGACAGGUGCGCACGUGGGUUACCUGGCUAUGAUGAGGACAGAGAGGAGGUUCAUCAGCAGGUGUAUGUGUGUACCUGUGCCGGCCCUCACCUGACGAGAUGAUGAAGGUAUUCCGUGUCCUGGGGGUCGUCGUGGCCUUGUUCCUCGUGUCCCCAGCCUCUCCAGCCACCUUAGACACCCUAGACACCACAGAAGACCAGCCCCGACCGCAACCACAACCCCAGGAAAUCAACCAAUUAACCAACGGCACUGAGACGCUCCCGCAACCCGAAGCUUUUAUUGGGGGAUUCUUCAGGACAAGACCUCGGCCAAAACCAGGACCAUUUGUACGACCUCUUAUCAUACCAGUCACCGAUCUACCUCUGUGUCAGGAUCCUCCCCUCCCUCACGCCCUCUACACCCACGCCCUUGACGGGAUACAGAGAAGGAAGAGCGUCCCCCUGAGUCCUGCGGAGGGAGGGUUCUUAGGGGAGGUCAUGAGGGAUGGGCCAGUAGGAUCUCUUCCCCAUGAGGCUGUUCAAUCCAUGACAGCUGAGGAAUCCUUCACGCUCCUGGGAUAUCCUUACACCAGACCACAAGUUCCCUCCCGCGGCCAUCACCAGAGGGCCGAGGGGCGGGGCUGGCCUGGAGGCACUAGGGAUCCAGGUCAGGUAAGGUAUCAUCAGGCCGCCCAGUCCCCACGCCAGCACCCACGCCCUCCCACGCCAGCACUACGAUCCCACCACGCCUCCAGCCAGUCUCGCUACCCUCCUCUAUGUAUUCCAAAGCCUCGACCUCCUGCUCAUCCGCCGAAACAUCGACUACCAAAGCCUCUACCAACUCCUCAUCCACCAAAGCAUCGACCAGCUCCUCAUCCACCAAAGCAUCGACCAGUUCCUCAUCCAACGAAAUCUCGACCAUCUUUUCAUCCAACUAAAUCUCGACCACUCUCUCAUCCAACUAAAUUUCGACCAUCUUCUCAUCCACCAAAAUCUCGACAACCAAAGCCUCGACCACUUCCUCAUCCAGUAACACAUCGACCAGCUUCUCAUCCACCCAAAUAUCGACAACCAAACCCUCGACUUCCUUCCCAUCCACCAAAACGUCGACCAUCUUCCCAUCUACCACGCCCUCAAUCACCCUACCAACCAGAAUAUCAACCACCCCUCUAUCCACCAGUACAUGAACCACCUUUCUACCAACCAGAUCAUGAACCAUCUUUCUACCAACCAGAACAUGAACUAUCUUUCUACCAACCAGAUCAUGAACCAUCUUUCUACCAACCAGAUCAUGAACCAUCCUUCUAUCAACCAGAACCUCAACCACCAUCCUAUCCAUCUAGCCCUCGACCACCCUACCGUACACGCCCUCCACCUACUAUUCCUCCCGACCCACGCCCUCGUCCACGCCCACGCCCUAAGGAAAAGCCCAAGCCCACGCCCACGCCACACCCCCACAGGCCCCCCACCCUCACCCUCGACCCCCUCAACCUCCAUAACCUCGCCGGGCCGCCCUAUUUUAACACGGCUCCUCCCCAUCUUUUCGACCGUAAGGAUAAGGACUCCGAUGUCUCCUCCACGACCUCCUCCUCCUCCUCCUUCGGCUACGAGGUUUGGGCGACUCCACCGGACUCCUGGCAGCCUCCUUCUUCAUCACCUACCCCUGCAACCACCACCACCAUCGCCACUACCACUAAAACCGCCACCAACAAUUAUCCGUCACUCACAGCCACUCAUAACGAAGACAGAGAAGACCCUUGGGGGUCUUUUGGGGACGCGGACUGGCUCGGCAACGGGGACCACGGCUGGCACCCUGACUGGCCUUCUGACUGGAGCAACAAGCGGCAACCAGGGCCACAGGCGGCACGGAAUCCGCCCUCAUCUCACGACGUGUUCCCCUCGGUGGGGGGUGCCAACGACCAAGGCUCCGCUGAGGACGCUGAGAAUGUUGUGCCGGACGACAGACUACUUCAGACGCUCCUCAAGAACCACAGACUCCCGGGGCAGGCGACGCCGCGGCCCAAACACCGUCUACCACACAUACCACGUCCGCCAUAUCAUUACCCCGCCGCUGCGGCCACCCCCGCCCCUCACGCCCUCUCCGAGCCGCCCCUCAGCGUGAGCAGAUACUCGGAGAUCCCGCUGACCAAGGACAGGCCCCAUAAGACCCGCGGCGGUCCCAUCCCGGGCAAACACAAACACCGGCCGCCGCCCCCACCCUUUGUGAGCCACCGGGACGGGCCUCAUGGGAGCAACAGGCCUCCUCUGUUUCCACCUCGCAGGGAGCAGCCCACGGGGCUAGGCGUGGCCCCGGGAGGCCCCCACAUGGACGAGCACAAACCCGUGUUGACAGAGUGGCCCUGGCAGGGGGACUAUGCAGGGAUGGUGCCCGUGGCCACAAUACGUAGGCCUCCACACGGCCCCCUGCAUCGCUGAGGCACCAACACGCCCAGAGGGACAGAAACACGUAACGCUGCAGCAACAGAGAUGUCUUCAGAGAUACGCGUGUUCUUUUUUAGUAUUUAGUGAAUAUGAAAACGAACAUUUGUUUUUCAUAUGUGGUAUGCCCUCAUCUUUACCUUACAUGAAAAUAGACAGCUAAGGAACUACACUCAGACCCGCAGCCUCAAAACAGUUAUAGUAAAGCCGUUGUGAAUUAAAGGCAGUGCCGCCGCCCCAGACUCAGUAGGCUAGCACAAUGCCGUGGCGUGAUGUGUGUUCCCCGCGACAACCAUAACACACGAGACAACCCAAAGUGGAAACUAUGCCCCGCAGCACUUGGGAUUCACGGACAAAACUUAUGCGCUAUUUCUAAUCUUAAGCUACAACAGUAGCCGUUAGAGUCAUGACAAAUGGAUAUUAUAAGUGUUGGUAUUAUAUUAUUCACCAUGCCGGCGAGGAUAGCUCGGCUACACUGUCAACCAUUAAUUUCAUGGAAUGAGUCAUUACAAAACUUUAGGAAUGAUCUAGAACAUUUUAGUUAUUGUACUGACGCUGUGGAUGAAGACGCAAUGUGCUGUAACUACAUAAUUUAAUAAAAUAGAAUAUAUAAGUGUAACCCCCAGACGUGACUAAGC